AGCUCCUGAAGGCACCAUCAAGUCGGCAUCAUGAGAGUCAUGUGAUGUCCUGUCAUGUGGUGCAGUCACUUCCUACUGAUUUGGUCCGGAGCGGAUAGACUCUGCUGUAUCAUGUCGUCUUAGUCCGGCUCCGCAGACAGUAUCCACCACAGUAAACAUGUCAUUUCUGCGCAAAUCUACCUCCUCUUCGCCCCUGAGGCUGGUUCUGUGGUUAGCGACGUGUCUGGGAUGCGUGUUGGUCCGGUCCGCUGCGGAGGGGGACGGGAGCCCGUGGUACCAGGACCUCUGCAGUUAUAAGUGGGAAGCUAUAGACCAGGAUAAUAAAGUGAGCUAUACAAUAAAGCUCUGUGAGUCGUCACCAACAACUAGCUGUGGCCCCGGCACAGCUGUCUGCGCUCGGAACCUCACGACCAAAACAGACCAGUCUGUCGGUGAUCUGUCCCUGCAUCGGCUCUCUGGCAGGGUGCUGGACUUCAAUAGCACGCAAAAAUGUCCAGGAAGUGACAACAACAUUCAAAGCAGCAUCAGCUUCCAGUGUGGGAAAACCAUGGGCACCCCAGAGUUUGUUGCUGUGUCUCAGUGUGUGCAUUACUUUGAGUGGAGGACGUACACCGCCUGCAAGAAUGACAGAUUCAAACCGCAAAAGGAGGUGCCCUGUUACGUGUUCGACUCUGACGGUAAGAAGCACGACCUCAACCCUCUGAUCAAAGUGAGUGACGGCUAUCUGGUGGACGAUGGUGAUGACAGUAUCGACUUCUACAUCAACAUCUGCAGAAGCCUCAAUGGUCCAGACAUGUCCUGUCCUGAAGGAUCUGCAGCAUGUCUGGUCACCAGACAGGGUUCCUACAACAUAGGCGCUCCCUCCAAACAGCUGGAGCUGGUCUCCAGUGACAGACUGAUGUUAAAGUAUGAAGCCAGCUCCGAUGUGACUCCUCCCGAAUUCUGCAAUGGACACAUUCCCGCAGUCACCAUCACCUUCAUCUGUCCAUCAAGCAGACAUUUGGGCAGCACUCCUAAGAUGACCGCAGAGAUUAACUGUCGCUACGAGGUGAACUGGGUGACUGAAUACGCCUGUCACAGAGACUACCUGGAGAGCAACAACUGCAAACUGACCAGCGAACAGCAUGACAUGUCCAUCGACCUGACACCCCUCACCUUGGGCCCCUCAGAUAUUCCGUACUACUCACAUUCUGGGCCCAGCGAUGGUGACGAAAGCUACAUCUACUACCUGAACGUGUGUGGAAAAAUCCCAACCACAGAAUGUGGCGAGGACAAGUACAUAUCGUCCUGCCAGGUGAAGAAGUCCGGAGAGGUGAAGAAGGUGGCUGGAAAAUAUAAGAACCAGACGCUACGUUACUCAGAUGGAGAUCUGAGUCUGAUCUACCCAGAUGGCGCCAAGUGCUCCACCGGCUUCCAGAGAAUGACCAUCAUCAACUUUGAGUGCAACAAGACUGCUUCCCAUGGUGGGCGUGGAAUUCCAGUUUUUGUGGCUGAGACAGACUGCACUUAUUAUUUCAACUGGGAGACGGCGUUCGCCUGCGUGAAGGAGAAGGAGGAUCUGCUGUGUCGAGUCCGGGAUGGAAACAAACAUUACGACCUUUCAGCCCUCACAAGAUACCCUGGGCCCGAUUCCAGCGGGAACUGGGAGGCUGUGGACGCUCAGUCUCCGAGGUCGGACUCACGUUUCUACCUGAACGUCUGUCACAAAGUCAUCCAGUCGGGAGCUGCUGCUGGCUGCCCGAUGAGUGCCUCCAUCUGUGCCGUGGAUAAGGAAAACAGGCACUUCAGUCUGGGCAGCUUCCUCUCCUCUCCCCAUAAGGCUCAACUAGGAAAUGACAUUAGACUGGUCUAUACUGAAGGAAGUUUUUGCGACAAUAAAAACUCGAGGAUCCAAACCAUCCUGACACUCAAGUGCAAACCAGGAGAUCUGGAGAGCGCUCCCGUCCUCCGUAGCAUUUCCUCUGAUGGAUGUAAGUACGAGUUGGAGUGGUACACCGCCGCCGCCUGCGUCCUCUCGAAGACGCAGGGAGACGACUGCAAGGUGGAGGACGCUCAGGCUGACCUUUCCUUCGACUUGUCGCCGCUCAAAAAAGACGGCGGCUACUACAACCUGACCAGUGGCAACUACGAUUACUUCAUAAAUGUGUGUGGUCCUGUCAACAUUGCCAACUGUCCCGAAAAGGCCGGAGCAUGUCAGGUUGAAACAAGUUCUUGGAGUCUCGGAGAAGCGAACUCCCGUCUGUCGUAUUACGACGGCCUGAUCCUGCUGACCUACAGUAACGGCUCCCGCUACAACAACAAAGAACACACUCUCAGAUCCACACUCAUCUCAUUCCUCUGUGACCCAAAAGCUGGAGCUGGAAUACCCGAAUUCCAGGCUGAGGACAACUACACCUAUAACUUCCACUGGUAUACAUCCUACGCAUGUCCUGAGAGGCCUCAUGAGUGUUUGGUGACCGAUCCAGAAACUCUUGAGCAGUACGACUUAUCCAGUUUGUCACGCUCCACCUCCAGCAGCAACUGGGAGGUCUUGGAUUUGUCUGAACCCAACAACCUGAAGAAGUACUACAUCAACAUAUGUCGGCCGCUAAACGCUGUCCCAGGCUGCGACCACCACGCGUCUGUCUGUCAGAUGGACUACACAUAUGAGCAGGGCUCCAUGAAGGAGCGAGUGUCAGUCAGUAACAUGGGUAUGUCCAAGCGGGGGCCUGUCAUCGAGGGACGGGACCGGCUGCUGCUGGAGUUCACAGACGGUUCUGUCUGCAUUUCGGAUGGCCAGAGGCUGACAUACACGACACAUAUCCACCUGGUCUGCUCCAGAGGCUCUGAGUCAACAGGCCCACAGUUCCUGAUGUACCACAACUGUACCGCCAACUUCAGGUGGGAGACAAGAGCAGCAUGUGCCAUCACCACCACCGAGAAUGAUAGCUGUGCUGUUGUCGACCCCAACACUGGCUUCCUGUUCGACCUUAAGCUUCUGGCCUCAGAGAAGGGAUACAAGACAAAGGCAAAUGGAAAAGACUUUGUGGUGAAUAUCUGCGCAGACGUGGCAGAAUGUGGAAAGGACAUGGCUGGAUGUGAGCUGGAAGAAGGGCAUCCUGUGAGCCCAGUUGGGGUGAAGAAGACCCUCCAGUACUCCACAGACGGCCAUCUCUCACUAACCUAUCAGGGACAACUGGACGAUUCCACAGCAAAGCGGGACACCUUCACCAUUAACUUCGUGUGUGAUCCAAACUCACACCGCGGCUCUUUAAAACUGCUGCAAGAGGACAUGAGCUCUUUACCCGACAGUGUUGUGGUCCACGACGUCCUCUUUGAGUUCUCCACCGCUCUGGCCUGCAUCCCUGCUCCAGUUGACUGUCAGAUCAUUGAUUCUCAGGGUAACGAGUACGACCUGAGGCAGCUGAUCCGGGACGUAGAUGACAGUCCCUGGAUUGCCAUAGACACAGACGGGGUCAAAUCACGCAGCUUUUACAUCAACGUCUGCAAACCUCUACCCACUGUGAAGGACUGUCCAGUGGGUCCUUUGGGAGCUUGUGGUGUAGUCGAUGGAAAGGGUUACAACUUAGGAUACGUCCAGUCGAGGCCGCAUGCAGCGGAGGACGGCUCUAUCAGCAUUGUGUACCAGAACGGAGACCGCUGUGGUUCUACGUCCCGCUACUCAACACGCAUCAUCCUCCAGUGCGAUGAAAACCCAGGCUCCCCCAUGUAUGACCGUAAAGACGGCUGCGAAUACAUCUUCAUCUGGAGGACAUCGAAGGCCUGUCCUAUCAGGAAGUCUCAAGGUGAUAACUGUCGGGUCCGUGACCCCAGGACUGGCUACGAGUUCGACCUGAGCUCUCUGAAAGGCAAAGAUUACCCCGUCAGGAAUGAUAAAUACAUCUACCACCUGUCUGUCUGCGGGCCACUGCAGAGAGGCAUCUGCACCCACAUCAACACCAGCAAUGAUACUGUCGCCUCCUGCCAGGUAGACGGCACCAAGGAGAAGAUCGGAGGACUGGCGAACCAAGUCCUGAGUUUUGUUGGAGAACAGCUCAUCCUGAACUACACAAAUGGAGAUACCUGUCAUCGGAUCUACCAGAGAUCCACAGAGAUUUACUUCUCCUGCCACCGUGACAGACACCCUGGAGUGCCAGAGUUUAUCAAGGAGACUGAGGAGUGUACCUACCUGUUCAGCUGGCCCACCGCUCUGGCCUGUAUUCCGGUCAAAACCACCAGCUGCUCCUACAAUGAUGGUCAGGGCCACUCGUACGACCUCUCCCCUCUGGCGAUGGACUCUCGCAACUGGGAGGUGGAGCACUCUACAGACGACACAAAGAAAAACAUUUACAUCAAUGUGUGCAGGUCACUGGUGCAGCAGGGAGGCUCAUGGAAGUGUCCCUCCAGUGCUGCGUCCUGUAUGAAGUUUGGGGAUGACUAUGUGAGUCUGGGACAGGUGGAGUCCGGUCCCGUGUGGGACAGAGGUGUCCUGAAGCUGCAGUACAGCAGUGGCCAGGUCUGUCCAGAUGGCAUCCGCAACAGGAGCAGCAUCAUCCGCUUCAAGUGUGACAAAGACAAAGUGGACUCCCGUCCUACUCUGAUCUCUGCCGUUGAGGAAUGUGUUUACAAUUUCCUCUGGCUAACAGCUGCUGCCUGCCCUCUAAACAGCACCCAGCACGACGACUGCAGGGUCACCAACCCAGCGACAGGUCAUCUGUUUGAUCUCAACACCCUGAUGAAGGAAGAAGGUUACACCGUGUACCACCAAAAAGAAUUCAGGAAGAUGUUCCGCAUGAACAUCUGUGGGAAUGUGACCAACGCUGGAUGCAGCCCAGGAACCGCUGUGUGCAUUAAGGAUGCGAAGACUGCGGUGAGCGGCGGUCAGGUGAGCAGGAAACUGUCAUACAAAGAUCACGUUCUGGAGCUGACGUAUGAAGGAGGAAGUCCCUGCGAAGCGAACCCCAACCUCCGCCACAAAACCAUCAUCCACUUCAUCUGCAGGCCACCUAACAUGGGCUCGGCCCCUCCAGAGCCGGUUCUCAUUGACUCCAAUGCGGAGACCUGCACACACUUCUUCUCAUUCCACACACCACUCGUGUGUGAACAACCAGUGAGGUGUUCGGUCCAGAACAGCUCUGGUCUCAUAGACCUGACUCCUCUGAUUCAUGUCAGUGGAUACUACACAGCAACAGAUGAGGCAGUGGACCAAGGUGAUGAAACUCCAGACUUCUACAUCAACAUCUGUCAGCCUCUGAACCCAAUCCCCGGGGUCACCUGCCCCCCUGGAGCUUCUGUCUGUAUGGAUCCUGAUGAUGGACCUCCUGUGGACAUCGGCCGGACUACCAGCGGCCCCACGAUCAACAAUGUAACAGGGGAAGUGUCCAUCACUUACUCCAGCUCCACCAAGUGUGCAUCUGACCCUGCACAGAACUACACCUCAACCAUCAUAUUCACCUGCCAGAGAGGAGUGGAGCUGGGCUCUCCGCAAAUGCUGAAGAGGCAGGGAUGUGUCCAUUUGUUCGAGUGGGCGACUCCCGUCGUCUGUUCAGACGCCACACAGACCAGUGGCUGCAAGCUCACCGACUCCCAGCUGCAGUUCACCUUUGACCUGUCCACCCUCUCUGGUGAAGUCCAGGUCCCGGUAGGCUCCAGCAUGUAUCACAUCAACAUCUGCGGCUCAGUGGCAGAGCCGAACUGUAAGAACAGUGCCAUUUGCCAGGUGUCUGGUUCUGGUUCAGAGAAGACUGCUUCAUCAUUUGGCAUCAGCAAGGCCAUGACGAUGGACUUCAAACAUGAUGAGCAGGCCGUGCUGAUGCAGUAUGGUGGAGGAGAUCUCUGCCCACCUGUGACAAACGAGGGCGAGGUAUGUGUGUUCCCUUUCACCCUCAUGAAGAAGCAGUAUACAGACUGCACCACAGAUGAGAACACUGAUGGCAGGAAGUGGUGCGCCACCACUUCCAACUAUGACAGAGACAGGAAGUGGGGAUUCUGCAAUGCAACCAACAGUAAGCGUCAGUCAUCCAUAUUGUUCACCUGCGACCAGUCUGCAGGCCACGGCUCUCCACUGCUGCUCUCAGAGACGGCGGGCUGUUCGGCCACGUUUCAGUGGCGGACCAGUGCCGUUUGUCCUCCGAGGAAGAUGGAGUGUAAGCUAGUGAGCCAACAUCAGACCUUCAACCUUCGGACUCUGUCCUCCCUCACCGAGCCGUGGAAGUUCAGCCACCAUGGAGAUUCGUAUUUCAUCAACCUGUGUCAGGGGAUCCACGGUGGACUGCCAGGUUGUCCAGAGGACGCGACUGUAUGCAGACGCUCAGCAGCAGGAAAAGUCGAAAUCCUGGGCCGAGUCUAUACACAGAAAAUGAUUUACACUGACGGAAAGAUCUCUGUCAGCUACUCUGCUGGAGGCGACGUCUGUGGGAACGGCAUGAAGGCCAAGACUGUGAUACAGCUGAGCUGUGGCUCCACUGUCGGACGCCCGGCACUCAUCAGUGCUGAUGAGGCGUCAUGUGAGUUUGUGAUUGGCUGGGAGACUCGGCUGGCUUGUGCCGUGAAGCAAGAGGAGGUGACGCUUGUGAACGGGACGAUAAGGGUUCCUGAUACUGGAGCCAGCCUCAGUCUGGGGGAGCUCUACUUCAGCCACCAUCAGGCAUCUGGAGACAUCCGUUCCAACGGUGACCGCUACAUCUACCACAUCCAGCUGUCGGGCAUCACCAACAACUCCCUGAGCAGCUGUCUGGGUGCCAACAUCUGCCAGGUUAAACUCAAUGGGCAGUACAGGCGCAGGAUUGGCUCCUCAAACAAAGCCAAGUACUACAUCAAAGGAGAAAACCUGGAUGUGAUGGUGCCCUCUGAGUCAACAUGUGGACGAGAGAAGACCAAAAUGGCGUACUCCACCAUCAUGUUCCACUGUAACCCCACCGCAGGCGUCGGCAUCCCCGAGUUCAUGCUGGAGACAGAUGAAUGCCAGUACCUGUUUAUGUGGCACACCAAGGCCGUGUGUGGUCUCACAACUGUUGAAGCGAAGUCAUUUGAUGACAACAGCGACAGCCUCUCCAGGCGGAGCAAGGCGGUCGGGGUGAUGCUGACCGUCCUGCUGGUGGGCCUGGUUGCCUGUCUGCUCGGGCUUUUACUCCACAAGAGAGAGAGGAGAGAGCUGGUGAUCCAGAAGGUCGCCGGCUGCUGCAGGAGAGGAAACCAAGUCUCUUAUAAAUAUUCCAAGGUGAACAUGGAUGAAGAAGGGGGUGAAGAGGAGAUGGAGUGGCUGAUGGAGGAGCUUGAAGCCCCCCCCACAUCCUCCUCCUCCUCCUCCCAGCGGGGCAAGAGUAACCACGGCAACGGUCACAUCACGACCAAGCCAGUGAACACGGACGGUCUGCGCUCGUUCUCUCUGGACGACCCAGACGACGACAGCGAGGACGAGGUGCUGAGCGUCCCCGGGGUGCGAGUGGUGAAAUCCUCCGGACUCUCCAGGCACUCUGCGGCCAAUCGCAGCGCCUUCCUCCAGGAGGAGAGCGACGAGGACCUGGUCGGCCUCUUGGAAGAGUCUGACAGGAAGAGGAAGAGCAGCAAACCUCGCUCCUCGGCCAUGAACCACGGCAACAACACGGCAGCCAACAGGAAACGAGAUGAGGAUGACAGUGACGAAGACCUCCUCAGGGUGUGAUGUCACUUCCUCCUUCCUGUUCCCCUCGCCCUCCAAUCUGAACUCUUCUCUCAGUGAAUGUCUCUGUAACAGCAACAACUACGAUAACAAACCAACAACAUGUUGAAAGCAGAAAGCGUUCCUCUCUUCUGGGAUUAUUUUUUGUUGGACUGCACCUUUACUCAGCCUACUCAGACUCUAUCCAGUCCACUGUCUACAGACUGUCGGUGUUAGCACAUGAGUUUUAUUUAUUGAUAGCUGAUUAUUUAAACUGUUCUUCAGGUCAGUGUCUGACCUGCGCCCUGUGUUCUCUUAUUUUCUGUCAUAAUUCUGAAAUGAAAUAAUUUGUUUCACUACAGUUCCUACAGUCUUACCACAUUUAUCUCAUUCAGACCAAACAGACUAGUUGAGUCUGUAAUAGAGCUGCAACGGCAAUUAAUUUUAUUCAUGAUUAAUCUGCUGACAGUUGUCGCAGUUGAUUAAUAAAUCAAUUUAUCAUUUUGUUUAUAAAAUGUCAAAAAACAAACGCCUCCAACAUCCUACCCCCCAAAGACUUUUCAUUUAAUUUUCAUUUAGCAAAUCCUCACAUUUAAGAUGCUGUAACCAGCAAAUGUUUUACAUUUUUACAAGAAAUCAGUAAUCAAAAUAAUUGACAAUUACUCCAUUAAAAAAAAAAUCAUCUAUUUCAACAGGUCAACUCUGCAAUGAGGCAUGUCAGUGACAAGAUGUUGAAUUUUCUUUUCUUUUUUCUUUCUGAGUUCUGAAAUGAAGCUGUGCCAUUUCUUUAGCACUUUAUCGUAGCAUUGAUUAACAGGAAACUGUCUACAUGUCUCAUCGCAGACUUUGGCUGCCUUUGGAUUUCAUUUUUAUUUUUAAAGUCCAGUGCGUAGGAUUGACUUUUUCCAUCAGGGGCGGCCAAAGCUGAAACUUAAUAAUAACCAGAGGUAUUUGUGUUGUUCUGUAUUGUCUGUUAAAAUGACUUCUGACUUUAAAGUCAGAAUUCUGACCGAGAAAAAAACAUUUCUCUUCUUUUGAACUAAAAAGACUUUUAUAGAGGAAAUAAUGGUUUUGACAUUAUGAUGUCUAUAGACUUUAACAUGUUAGCCAGCUAGCCACGGCUUAUCCUGGUCCAGAGCUCCUGGGUAUACACUGCCCUGGCUAGCGCUCUGAGCUGAGAGUCAUUUCUUACAUAUUACCUGAAUACAUUUUUACCGUGGACUAAUUGCCUCCCCCCUAGAAAUGGAAUAUUAUAGCCACAAAUAUUUGUUCAUUAGUGUUUAAUCAAAUUAAAUGAAGAAACAUGUUUUCGCAAAACUUAGAAUGACCCUUUAAUAUCUACAGAGCCAGCAGGGCCUCUGUCACAGCGUCAGCCAUGUUUCUGGCUCUAAAUCCUACACACUGGACCUUUAUUGUCCCAUUAAGACUGUAUUUGAUAACUGUGGCGAGCUGUUCAGUUAGUAGAAACAAUUUAUCUUUAGAUUUUGGGAGAAAAACAGCAGCUAUCAGAGUAAAUAUAGGGGAAACUGCUCCAGUUUUCCUGACGUAGGCGGUGAAGGUGUGGGCUUGUGUUGUCUCUAAAGGGAAUGAAGACACCCGUGUGUCUUCUCUUGCUGUUUACAGUUGCUACAAGAGCAGACCUUUUCUCUUUCUUUCCCCACGAAAAGAAAGCGUGAUGCCUUCCUGACGAUGAAUUUGCGUUGCAUCUUCAUUGAUGAAUCGUGUCCGGCGACAGAUUGAUUUUUGUCUUGUUUUGAUCAGAGACAUUGUACAUAGAAGAUAAUGUUCUAUAAUAUGGACGUUCUGUUUGUUUGUUUGUUUGUUUGUUGUCCUCACUGGUGAAUUGCUCACACAUGUUUUUAUGAUUAUUUAAAUGGUCGUCUGAGCUGAUUAUCUGUAUGAAUCUCUGUUCUGUGAGAAAAUAAGAGGUGGCCUUAAGUGUGAAUGGACGGUCGAGGAGGACGGAGGCUGGAAGGGAGGUGUUAGUUAAGCUUGUGUUGGUUUUUUGAAUUCCCCCCUACCGCCAAAGCCAUAUUUCUACAGCCAACACUGGCACUAAUGUAUGGAAGCUGGGAAUUUCAUUUCCGCUUGCGCGCUCUCUCACAUUAAAAGGUCCGCGAUUGUUGAUGUUGCUGCAUCGAAGGUGAGAUUUUAAACUGGUUAAAGCCAUGAUUUUGUAGUGCCGAAAUCAACCCGUUUUGGCCAAAAGCAUGUCAGACAGAAGCAGGAAGUGGAGCAUGGAUGAGUCAAGAACGCAGGCAGAUGACUCGCAUUUAACAUAUGUUCUGCUUGAUAAUGAAACUCGUGUUAUCAUGAAACGUGCCAGUCGUGGUGAGAUACAGGAGGGAGGCGUUUUGGUAAAGUUUAUUCGUGCUCUUUCUAAAAUGAAGUCAAACUGACUGCAGUGUUCCUACUAAAGAGUGUUUGGAUGCCGUCCCACCAUCAGGCUCUUUUGAUGUGAUGUUGGUGGGGUUUUUUGUGUGUGUUUUUUUUUUUUUUUUUGCUGAAUUAGGACACAGAUGAGGGAAAUUACAAAACUCAGAAAUAGCUGAAUUUUCGUCAACGUGUCAUUCUUCUUUAGAGGUUCUGGAAGAUAGAAAACAAAUCCAGUUCCUGCAACUUAAACAAAAUAUGUUAAGACCUCAGUGCUAUUUGCCAUGGUUUAUCCUCUCUGGUGUGCAAAACAGUUACGAACGCAUCAAGUGUUUUCUAAGGCUGUACCAGUUAUUUUCAUUAUGGAUUAAUGUCUUGAUUACUCAGAUCAAUCCCGAAACAUCAGAAAAUGUCGAAAAGUUCUCCGAGGUGACGUCUGAACAUGAGUCCAAACCACAAAGCUGUACGUUCUGUUAAUCUAGUCGACCAAUUGAGUACUGAAGUUCAUUUUUGACCUUGAAUAGUGAUAUUAAAAAAGUCCAUCAAACAGCUUUUUAUUUAGCUUCUAACUUCUGCUAACGGCAGAUUUUACAUUUGAUAAGUCUUCUGCUGAAAGGUCCCAGUGACAAAGUUAAGCAAACGGAGCACUAUCUUUCUGCUGGUGGCUGAAGAAAUGUAGGAAGCUGACUACAGUAGUUAGGUUACGGAUUGUCAAAGUUUUAGAAAGUGCUUUCACUCAACCUGAAAUCACAAGUCAGUCAGCAGAAUAUUAAUCUGAGAUUGUCAGGUAACUUGUUUAAAUUGAUUAAGAGAAAAUCCAAAUGAUUAGUUUCUUUAUGUUUGUUGUUCAGUUUGAAAACAUCACCUAGGAAAAUGUUUAAUUUCUCACUGUUUGCUAGACAUUUUCUAGACUAACGUAACACAAAGAUGUGAUCAGUAGAUUAAUUUAUAAUGAAAAUAAUCAUCAGUUGCCUGACGAGGUAUCGGCCCUCACCUUAUAGCAGUAAAUACUGAGCUUUAGUAUUAUAAUGGGACAUUUUGAGGCGUCUCGUCACAGGUGUUGUUGUCACAUGGCCAAAUGACCGCAAAGAAGACGUUGAGCGAUCCACGGGCGGAUCAAAUCGCUCCAAAUUUCCUUUCAGUUACCGUACUACCUUGAAGGGAGAGCACUUGUUGAUUUAUUGAAAGAUUUCGUGUUGAUUUGCGAUCACAAAUGUUGUGCACGAACACAGACUAUUUAUUACGUCCUGUAUAUUGAUUACAUUGUCGACGGUACGAAGGGGGAAUAAAAGGUACAUCCACCUUUUUGUUUUUUUUCUCAGUAUUCAACUCAGAAAACUGAAGUCUAAAAAGAAAACAUGCUGUUGUUGCUAAAAUAUCCAAUCAGUCAGUGAGGAAGGUUCUCCAUUCAGGGUAUUUCUAAAGCUUUGUACACAAAAUUUGUUAAACAGGUUUUUGUAAAGAUGCCAGUUGACUAAAAAUGACAGGCAAAUUAAAUACAAUUACAAAGGAUAAUAAUAAUCAUGAGCCGGCAUUAGCAUAAGAAACAUCAGUAUUUUAUACGUUUGAGUUUGAAAUGUACCCUAAAAAAAAUAUCAAUGAACGAAAUAGAAAACAUCAUCCUGUUCCUCCCGCUGCUGUUUCUCCUUUAUGAUCUCUGAGAUCGCAAACUGAGACGUCACUUUUCCAGAAACCGUUCAUUAAGUGAAGUUGUCAGACUCCGGAAAGGACGAGAAGAACUGAUGGAUUGUUCACAUCCUGCUCGAAAACAUGACUUAUCAUGAAGUGUGUUUGUGUCAUUUAUUUUUCAAAGGUCUCUGAAGAAUAACCAUAUCGUUGAUCAGAUACUGUGGAGUGUUUGGUUUUUUUUCUUGCUUUAAGUCAAAUCUACCUUUGAGAUCACAGAUAAGGAGGCGAUGGUACAGAGUGCACGGGGGGAGCUUCCAAAGAAAUUUCCAAUGAAAUCAGUGAAACUACAAAUAGAAACUACAAUGAAAUGUCAAGAAUCCAGAUGCAUUGUCAAGACUUUUUACGACAUCCUUUCUCAUAAGGAAUGUGGACUUCAGCUGUUGUUCUUAACUUUUCUUUUCUUUUUUUUAAACUUUAUUUCCUGGCCCUGUUAGAAGGACGUUUGAACUGAAAGCAUCUACCUGUGUUUGGCACUUUGUGAAUCAACUCACCUCUGCUGAGGAGACGUCGUAGCACUCCUCGCCUCAGAGACGCAGAUUGUUUUUGUAUGUGAAGUCUUUUUUUUUUUUUUUUUUGCAUCACGUCUGUCUCUGCUGUAUUUAGCACCAAAGUUCGUGCGGCUCAUCUGCAUGGUACCGUCCGAAGGGAUGACUGGAGACUCUUGUGCUUUUUUUUUUUUGUCGACACUCGUGUUGAAACCAACUUCGGCGUCAAAAUGUUGAGAUCAAGGGUUCGAAUAAACAUGCUCGGAGAAUUUUAAAAAAAAAAAAAGAAAAAAAAGCACUAGAGGAUUUUCUGCGAUGAUUCGGUACAAGGGGGAUCAUUAUUAUGUUUUAGUUGGUGUAAGUUAUGUUGUCCAAUUUUGUUUUUCAGCUCUUUGCCUGUUUUCCUAUUUAAAAAAAAACAAAAAACAUUGAUGUAAAAAAUAUUGCAUUAUUUGAAUAAAUGAGAUCUGCUGUUUA